CUGCGUCUCUUCCCCCGGUCUCCCACCCUUCCUCUUUCUAUCUCUCACAGUACACACACUGAGUACAGUGAAGUAGAAGUAGAAUAGAAUAGACGACGAUCAAUUACGCCGUCAACAAUGUCGGAAGCCGGAGAGGAGAAAUCGGACGGUCUGGAGAUCAUAUCAAUCGGCAAGCUUUAUAGUGGUUCUUGGGAAAAGAAAUACUGGAGCUGCUCUAGGGGUAAAGAUCGUUAUCCUUAUCCAGUUGGAUUUAAAGCUGUUCGGACACAAAAUGGGAUCAAAUACAGGAUGGAAAUUUGUGAAGGUGUCAAAGGGCCGCUAUUUAAGAUUGGUUCUACUGAUGGACUGUCAUGCUCUGGUCAAACUCCAGAUAUUGCAUGGGAGAGUUUUCAGAAAAAAAGAAGCUCUCGUGUAAAGUUUUUGCAUGGGAAGAGAUUCUCAUGCAAGAUUGAUGGCAUGGAGUUUUUUGGGUUCAAGAAUGCAUCCGUCCAAAGGUUACUGAGGGAAUUAAUGGCAAAUGCUGGAGGCAUUGUAGAACAAAAUUUGCUUCCAUCUGAAUUUUGCUCUGAGGCUUCUGAGACAAGAAUUCCAAUUCAGCUAACUCAUUUCAGUUUGGAUCAUGAUAUGCUAUUGGGAAAACCACAGGUCACGGGGAAGAGAAGCAGGAAAGAGAAAAUGAUCAAAGCUACAUCGCAGGGUGUGACAGAUCUUAAAAGAGUUCGACCUCAAAAUGGGGAACAUGAUGUUGUUGCUUCAAGUAAUGGGCUGACGGGUCAAGAGGAUUGUAGUGACAGGCUUCACUUGAUAAUUCCUACUUUGAAAGAACAUCAUCUGAGCAAGAGUGCAAGAGAUUUCCAGAGAUCAACAAACUUGGACCCCGUGAUUGAGGAAGAACUUGUAGCUUCAGUACAAGAUCAUCGACUGUUGAAUUCUUUUGAUUUAUCUGAUGAUCUGAAAGUUGAUGGUCACAUUCCACUUGAACAAAGCAAGCCUAUUAGCUCUGGAAUUUCUACAACCAUUGGAGAAGAGGGCAACUUGCCUGAAGACAAAGAACGUCUUGACAGAUCAAAAGUUUCAGCUGGACUCCAGUUUAAUUGCUCCAUAGGAGAAGAUGAAGAAAGGGAGAGAAUAUGUCCUAAAACAAUCCAUGAUGCUGAACUUUGUGUGCCUAAUACUUUAGAUCACCCGCCAGAUGAUUUGUCUAAUUCUUUUGCCCAUCAAGUUAAAAAAGAAGUACCGACAAAAUAUUCCCCCAAGUUGGACAAUGCACUUGCCACUGACAAGGCCAUUCUUGAGGAUUUAGCAACAGAGUCUGAGUCACUUCGAGAAGAUGAGAUUAGCACAUCUAACUCAAAUGCCAGUUCCGGGAAAGGUGAUUUAGAUUCAGUUGGUCAGGAUAUUGCCAAAUCAAUGAUGACAGUCCUGCUUCCUCGAGCCCUUCCUCUGCUCAACACAUUUUCAAGAAAGAAAAAGAAGAAUCUUAAGCCUUCAGAAAUGUCUGCCAUUGUAACCACGUCUGAAAAUGAAAAGAUUGACAGAAUAGCAAUUCCUGUCAGAGAGCUUCCAGAAACUGCAGAAUUGGACCAGAAUAAGGAGGACCAAAUUUCUUCUAGGAAUCUAGAAUAUGAUGGUCGUAUAAAAUCUGUUGUUCCUGAUAGCUUUGAUGACAGUGGAAGUGGAGAUCUUCUGAUAGAUAAUCUGCGCCUUCUUGAGACUGCAGAUAGGAAAACAAGUCCUCACUGCAACAGAGAAAUGGCUUUGAAUCAUGGGAUUGAUAUCUGCAAUGACUCAACAUCUAAAGCUUCCUUAGGAUCCACAUUUCCCAGUAAAAAUGAUGCCUUCACAAGCUUCAGUGAGAAGUCUUUGUGUAUUCAAAAACAGACUAUGAAGGACGACACCAAGACUUGUCCUGAUUAUAGUGAAGUUCUUGCAGUUGACACCCAAAGCCCUAAAAAUUUGAUCAUUGGUACUGGAACUAGGGUUGAGAAAGAAGAACCUAGAUCUAUGACUGUUAAAAGGCUUUACAUUCUUGAUUUAACUACGUCAUUUUUAGACCAAGAACUUGCUGAUCUUGAUAUUCCCACAUCGAAUUCGCUGAUCCAGAGGGUGAAUUCUGAUAAUGUGGCACAAAAGCAUGAAGCCAAAGAUUGUUCAAAAAUGAAUAAUAAUGCAACUUCCCUCCUUAAUGCCAAGCUGGAAGAGGUUCUCAAGCUUGUUGGCUGCUAUAUCCACCCCAUGCCAGUUUUAUCUGUGCUAUUGAGAAUGGUAGGGAAGGAAAUCUAUAUAUGUGCACUUUGUGGCUCCCUUGCACAAGAGGACAAGAUUCUCUUUGUCUACAGUACUCCAGUUACUGGAGAAAAGACAGGAUCCCCUUCUUUUGUUGGUCAUGCAUCAGUUAUCUUGGAUGAUGCCUUUGGGAGAAAUAUUGCUGUGGAUAAUUUUGGUUUGCAUUUCACUCCAGAUGGACAAUCUCUUGUUCUACUGAAUAGCAUAAAAGUGCCCUGCUGCAGGGAGGGUAACAUUCAUUGUCCUUGCCAGUUAUGUACUUCAGAUUGUUUUGAAAAGAAUGCAGUAAAAAUUGUGCAUAUAAGAGUUGGCUAUGUCUCAGUGAUCAACAAACUUAAAACUGCUCAAACUGUAUGCUGUAUACUAGUUUGUGAGCCUAAUCAUCUUGUUGCUGCUGAAGAGAGUGGGAAGCUCUGCCUUUGGGUCAUGGACUCAACAUGGAGUUCACAGUUGGAGGAAUGUCAUUUACCUGUGGCAGAUAACUGGCCGCCUUCUCCUGUUGAACUGAAGAAACUUCCAAAAUCUGCUUCUUUAAUUAUUGGUCAUAACGGAUUUGGCGAGUUUGGCAUAUGGGACAUUAAAAAACAGAUUCUCGUAUCGAAGUUUUCUGGUCCGAGCACUACAAUCUCUAAAUGCAUUCCAAUUAGCUUCUUUCAGUGGCAAAGAAAAGGCAAUGUUCCCCCUUACUACAACCAGGAAGAGCUUAUCAACGAGGUUCUAAAUGCAACAGAAAUGUGGUUCUCUGGAGAAGAUAGCGAACUGGUCCGACCAAUAGAGGCUGAAGAUCUGGCCAUCUGGCUUCUUAUCUCAACUGUGUCAUAUCUUGACUUCCAACCUAGCUAUAAAUCAGGUGAUUGGCAGAUGGACUCAGUUGGAUCUUGGAAGCUUGCUCUCCUGGUUAAAAACACAGUGGUGAUGGGAAGUGCAUUGGAUCUUAGGGGUGUUGCAGCUGGUGCAUCACUUGGUCAUGGAAUUAUUGGUAGAUCUGAUGGGCUAGUUUACAUGUGGGAACUUUCUACAGGAAUUAAAGUUGGUAAUCUACAUCAGUUCAAAGGUAGCGGAGUGUCAUGUAUAGCAACUGAUAUGUCAAAACCUGGAGCUUUGGCUGUUGCAAGCGAUGGAGGUGAAUUGCUAAUAUAUGCGUACCUGUGAAGGGCUUCUGCCGAUUGGCGCAUGCUGCUGUAAAAUGAAGAGCCAGUCAUUAACCUUUCCUGCUCCAGAUUUAAUCUUUAUCAUCUUAGAAACAAAAUCAAUCAGAAAUUAUGAUGUCUGAAGCCUGAACUCAGUCUAGAAGUAUACAUGAAAUAAGUGUAGCAAAUUUGGAAGUUCAGACUUUUUCUUCUUAUCCUCCAAUGUCCCGCCAUGUUUCCCA